CCGGCAUCUUGAGCAGUUUUCCAAAUUUCCGGCUUUACAGGAGUCCGCAAUCGCGUUGUGCAGUUGUUUAACUGGCGACUGUGUAUCAACUAACUUCCAGAAGUGGAUCCAGAUAUUGUUGACAUGGCGACAACAGGCAACGUGCAGGGAUCGGAUGAAGAAACGAGAGGAUCAGUAGGGGUUUCUGCUAACACUGCUUUCACUUGGCAAGGAGAAAGACAUGAAUGGUCUGUAGAGGAGUUUAGUGAGGAUGAUAAAGGUGUAAAAGUGUACAAGUGUGAGGAGUGUGCCAAGCCGUUUAGUUGUCCUAGUCUCCUAAAAAGUCACAUGCGGGCUCACACAGGGAAAAAAUCCUACAAGUGUGAGGAGUGCCGGAGACAAUUCAGCCGCCUGGGUGAUCUGAAAACACACAUGCGCACUCACACUGGGGAGAAACCAUACAGGUGUGAGGAGUGCAGCAGGCAGUUCAAUCACGUAGGUAAUCUGAAGAAACACAUGCGGACUCACACAGGGGAGAAACCCUACAGGUGUGAAGAGUGCAGCAGGCAGUUCACUGAGUUUGGAACUCUGAAGACACAUAUGCGGACUCACACCGGAGAGAAACCUUACAGAUGUGAGGACUGCGGCAGUCAGUUCAAUCACCUAGGUAAUCUGAAGAAACACAUGCGGACUCACACAGGGGAGAAACCCUACCGAUGUAAAGAGUGUGAAAGGCAGUUUAGUGAGGCUGGUCAUCUAAAGAGGCACAUGCGUACUCACACUGGUAAGAAACCCUACAGGUGUGAGGAGUGCAGCAGGCAGUUCAUUGAGCUUGGAACUCUGAAGAAACACAUACGGACUCACACUGGAGAGAAACCAUACAGAUGUGAAGAGUGCAGCAGAAGGUUCGGUCAGCUGGUUCGUUUAAAGGAACACAUGCGGACUCACACUGGAGAGAAACCCUACAGGUGUGAGGAGUGUGGCAAGCAGUUUAGUAAGCUUGGUGAUUUAAAGAGCCACAUGCGUAUUCACACAGGGGAGAAACCCUACAGGUGUGAGGAGUGCAGCAGGCAUUUCAGUCGGCUUGGGACGCUUAAAAAACACAUGCGGACGCACAGGAGAAACUCUACAUAA